GAGGCGCCUUUACCAGUCGCCGCUCGCGCAUCUCCAGCAACUUCCUGUAGGAAAGGGAUUGUGGGAAGGCGUUAAUGGGUUGCUGGGGUCGUUAGUCGCAAUGUCUUCCUACACCUGCAUCACAUGUCGUGUGGCUUUUGGUGAUGCUGAGAUUCAGCGGUCACACUACAAAACAGACUGGCACAGAUAUAACCUGAAGCGUAAAGUAGCAGACAUGCCUCCAGUGACAGCUGAAAACUUCCAAGAACGUGUAUUGGCCCUGAGGACAGCUGUAGAAGAGAAGAACAAGGGGACUGCUACACACUGCACAUCUUGCGGCAAAAGAUUUGCCACAUUCAAUGCCUAUGAUAACCAUUUAAAAUCCAAGAAACACCAGGAAGCAGAAAAGAAGUCCGCGAGCAUUGCAAGUAAAGAGUUGGAAAGGCUCAAUGUGAAAAAUUUGGAGAAGGGGUUAAGCAAGGAACAAAUGGACAACGAUGCCUUGAAUCUUGCCAUUCAGCAGGCUGUGAAGGCUCAGCUGUCUCCCUCGACGAGGAAAAGGACUGUUGUCCCAGUAACUGAAGACACUGAGCCACAAGUCAUAGUUAAUAGCAAACAGAACAAGAAGAAGCCUGACAAACCACCUCGGUUACUCUGGUUAGAAUGGCAAGCAACAAAAUUAGAGCAGCUUGAGUACUUGGAGGAGGAAACGGCGGAGGAUGACGAUGAUGGUGCAUGGGAUGAUGUGGAUUCCCUCUGUGACAUAGAGGAGCAUUUUAAAAAUGAGGAGAGCCGAACUGAUAAAAAGCUGAAUGAAGACGCACCAACUGGCAGUAUUCCAAUAACCGACUGCUUGUUUUGCUCACAUCACUCUCGAUCUUUAUUUAAAAAUAUUGAUCAUAUGAUGAAGACACACAGUUUUUUUAUUCCUGACAUUGAAUAUUUAGUGGAUCUAAAGGGUUUGAUGACGUACCUGGGUAAGCAAGAAUGAAAUACAUUUCAACUGUCAUCCAUAGAAAAUCAAUAAUGCCUAACUUUUAACAAGGCAAACUAUACAGGAAGAUUAAAUAACGUUGCUUCUGAAAAUUCUGAUGUGACAAUUAAAACCAGUCAUGUCAACUGAAAGGGUGCAUUGAAUCUUCACGUAGUGACCGACCUAGUGGGACAUUACUUCUGCAGAGAUCACUUGAUCUUCUUUUACUUCUAACAGUACAACUAAAAUUCCUUUCCCAGCUGUGUUACUAUGGAAAAUUAUCAAGCAAAGUUAGCAUAAAAAGAAACUUAAACUCGUUGGCACAGCACUGA